AUGAUGGAGGAGACGCAGCAGAAGGUCAAGCGCGCCGUUGAUGGUAUGAUCGACACCAUCGAUAAAACGCAUCUGCGCGAGAUGCAGCGAAAGAUGUUUGAAUGCUCGGCGAAGUGCUGCGCUAAUAACAGCUCUUCCCGCGAAGUCGUUGAAAAUUGCGUCGAACAGUGCAACGGGAAUAUGCGAAAAGCACAAGGACAACUCGAAAUGGAGUUGGGCACCCUACAGCAACAGCUCUCGCGAUGUGCCAUGGGCUGCUAUGAUGAGCUUACAAAGAAGUUCGGGCCUGACACCAGCAAAUACUCGCAGACGCAGAUGACGGAAUUCAACGAGAAACUCGACGUUUGUGUGGCGAAGUGCGCCGAUAGCCACAUUCAGCUUAUCCCGUCCAUUCGAGAUCGUUUCGCCAAAUUCGUCCGAUCUUUG